GUAGAUGCGGAAUGUGACUAUGAGCUCGAGAUCGAUGAUAGCGGGAAGUAUCGCACCUGCAAGGAGACGCCCUUCCAAGUGCUGAGUGAGAAUCGCCGCACAGAGAAGUGUCUGGUCUACUCCUUCGGCACCAAGGGUUCGGGCAGAGGUGUGUGA